UAACCAUAAACGUUCGUGGUGAUAACUUAUAUCAUGAUAAGCCAUUAGAACCGCUGAGGGCAUCUAUGCAAAAUGCUUUUUUAAAUUUUUAAUUCAUUAAUCAUUCGUAUUUCGUUGAACAUGUGAUAUAUUUGAACGUUAAGCAAUAUCAUGGCUAAAAAAAACAUUCGUAGUAUUCUGAAAAAACCUGAUUCGGCAAGCUUUCUAGUCAACACAUACGAUUCAUCAGAAUAUAAGCCUACAGACGAAUACAUUGAAGUUGAAGCCAACAAAGAUCCCGAGCUCAUCCCUUACUGUUGCAGUUCGUUUUGCUAUUUGGGAGUUUUUAUUUGGCUGUUGUUGGAUAAAAAUUACAAUUUAUUACUUGAUCGGAACUGCUUGUAUAUAAUAGCAACAUGUUAUGUUAUUGAGUUUUUUAAAUACACAUGCUAUUGCUACCUAGUCAGUAGAUUACCACAUCAUCUUAAGUUGAAAACUAACCCAAUUGUGUGGAUUUUCCAGUUUGUGAUCAGUACCAUUCUUGCAAUCGGCUUAGCAUACUUUUUUUCUGUUCUGUUUGGUGCACCAGUAUUCUCCAAACAAGAAGAAACCCUUGUUUUUUCAAUACUUAUUGCAUCAGUUAUAAUUACUCCAACUGCUAUGCAGCUGGGUUCAAAUAUUUUGCCAUUGCUAUUAACAGAACUGCCAGAUACUGAAUAUUUAAGUGCUUUAGAAAAGUCUGAGAGAAAUAAUUUUCGUGGCACAGUUUUAGGAGCGUUUGUUGGUGCAAUAGUUGUACCAUUCGAUUGGGAAACUGAAUGGCAAAGAUGGCCAAUUCCUUGUUCCUUAGGCCUUAUUUGUGGACAUCUGUUGGUAAACGUUUAUGAUAUUAUUUGUUGGCAAUACAAAUCAAUAAAAAAAUUAUCCGAUAAGCGAGUUUAAGUGUAUUCAUUGUUCAAUAUAAAAUGGAUUUUUAACUGUUCAGUGUUAGGUUUUUACAAAUAACAACAAAAUAAUUAUAUAUUUAUAUAAUAUGUUUUUUUUAAAUAAAAUGCAUUGAUAGUAUUUUGUUUCAGGCUAUUGAAGCAUAUUAUUAUACUGGAUAAUAUAUAAAAUAAUUUUUCUAUAAGUUCCUUUUUUGGAAUUGUAUAAUAUGCGUGUCUGUAAAUAUUUUUAAAGUUGGGUCAAUACUCUAAAUAGGAAAUAAGGUAUCCUUAAAAUGUGCAUCUAGUCAUUUAGUCUAGACAAAUUUUUAUUCAAUAACUAUGAAUUUUCUACAUAAUUCAUAAAUUUUUAAUUUCUGAUGUUUAUUUGUUUUAGAAGUUUAGUUUUCUAAAAUAUCUUCACAAUGUAAUAAAUGAUUAGCUUUGUAUUGAGUAUUAUAGAUUUGAAGUAAUUACUUUAUUUGUUUAAAAAUAUAAUAUUAAUAAUGUAUAUUUUUCGAUACACUACAUGACAUAACAAUAAUA